AUGUUCUCCAGGAAGAAGCGAGAGCUCAUGAAAACCCCCUCCAUCUCCAAGAAGAACCGUGCGGGAAGCCCCAGCCCGCAGGCCGUGGGGGAGCUGCCCAGAAAAGAUGGUGCUGACACGGCCUCCCCAGGAUCCGGCCUGGAGAUGCUGGCCGCCACCUCCAACCCCAAGACCACCAGCACGCUCAAGCGUCCCACCAGCCUGAGCCGCCACGCCAGCGCUGCCGGCUUCCCGCUGUCAGGGCCCGGCUCCUGGACGCUUAGCCGGGGCCACCGCAGCCCGAUGACAGCCGCCAGCCCGGCCGAGGUGGGCACUGAGGGGCCAGGCGCGGACACCAGCGAUGACAUCACCCAGCUGCUGGCUGACGUGGCCCGCUUCGCUGAAGGCCUGGAGAAGCUCAGGGAGCAUGUGCUUUGUGAGGACCUCCUGGAGGCCCGCCGCCCGCUGGCCCUCGAGAGCCUAAAUGACGCCCUACGAGUGAUGCGUCAGGUGAUGUACAGACACCCUCUGCUCAACACCGUGGAGACCAUGCGGGCUGCCGGGAACCUCAUCAACAGGGUCAAAGGCUUCCACUACGAGAGCAGCGAUGAGACGGACAAGCAGGAGUUCGAGAAGUCCCUGGAGGCCAUUGCUGUGUCUUUCAGCAGCACCGUGUCUGAGUUCCUCAUGGGCGAAGUGGACAGCAGCACCCUUCUGUCGGUGCCCGUCGGGGACCUGAGCCAGGCCAUGGAGCACCUGUAUGGACAGGGGGGUGAGACGACCCCGCCCAGCACAGAGGACUGGGCCGAGGGCUGCCUGCCCCCCGAGGAGGUGGACAUGUUGCUGCAGCGCUGUGAGGGGGGCGUGGAUGUAGCUCUCCAGUACACCAAGAACAUGGCCAAGUACAUGAAGGACGUCAUCACCUACCUGGAGAAACGCAUCGUGCUGGAGCUGGAGUUCUCCAAAGGCCUGCAGAAGCUGGUGCACAACUGCAGACAGAAUGUCACGCAGGAGCCCCACAUGCCCCUGCUGUCCAUCUACUCGCUGGCUCUGGAGCAAGACCUGGAGUUUGGCCAUUGUGUGGUGCAGGCAGCAGGCACAGUGCAGACACAGGCCUUUUUGCAGCCACUGACCCUGCGGCGCCAGGAGCACGAGAAGCGCAGGAAGGAGAUCAAGGAGACGUGGCACCGCGCUCAGAGGAAGCUGCAAGACGCCGAGGCCAACCUGCGCAAAGCCAAGCAGGGCUACAUCCAGCGCUGUGAGGACCAUGACAAGGCUCGCUUGCUGAUGGCCAAGGCCGAGGAGGAGCAGGUGGCCGGCGGGCCUGGGACAGGCGGUGCAGCCUCAAAGACCUUGGACAAACGGCGACGGCUGGAGGAGGAGGCCAAGAACAAGGCGGAGGAGGCCAUGGCCACAUACCGCACUUGCGUGGCAGACGCCAAGACUCAGAAGCAGGAGCUGGAGGACACCAAGGUCACAGCCCUGCGGCAGCUGCAGGAGGUCGUGCGCCAGAGUGACCAGACCAUCAAGUCGGCCACUGUCUCCUACUACGAGCUGAUGCACAUGCACACAGCCCCGCUACCCGUCCACUUCCACAUGCUGUGUGAAAGCAGCAAGCUGUACGACCCGGGCCAGCAGUACGCGUCCCACGUGCGCCAGCUGCAGCGCGGCGAUGAGCCGGACGUGCACUACGACUUUGAGCCCCACGUCUCCGCCAGCGACUGGUCCCCAGUGAUGCGUGUUCGGAAGACCAGCUUCCACGGUGAUGGGGCUGGAGUGGAGGCCAGCAGCCCCCCAGACACAAGUGGGCCUGAGGAGGGGGUGCCAGGCAAAGAGCGGCGAGGCAUGCGCGGACACCAGGUGCACAAGUCCUGGCCCACCACAGUGUCAGACGUGGACAGCUGCCUGGAUCCGGGGUCCGGGCCAGGGGACUUCAAGAAGUUCGAGCGCACCUCGUCCAGUGGCACCAUGUCCUCCAGCGAGGAGCUGACCCAGGAGGGGGUUCCAGGGGCGUCGGCCUUCGAGCAGGGUGACCUGGACAGCGUGGCUCCCGGGCUGCCCGUCUCUGUGCCCAGCGGGCCAUUCCGCAACGUGGGGCUGUCCAAGGCGGCGCGCACGCAUCACCUGCGCAAGCUGCGCACGCCGGCUAAGUGCAGGGAGUGUAACAGCUACGUGUACUUCCAGGGGGCCGAGUGCGAGAAGUGCUGCCUGGCCUGCCACAAGAAAUGCCUGGAGACCCUGGCCAUCCAGUGCGGGGGCAAGAAGCUGCAGGGCCGGCUGCAGCUCUUCGGGCAGGACUUCGGCCAGGCGGCCCGGGGCACUGCGGACGGUGUGCCCUUCCUCAUCAAGAAAUGUGUGGGCGAGAUCGAGCGGCGGGCGCUGCACACCAAGGGCAUCUACCGGGUCAACGGGGUGAAGACCCGCGUGGAGAAGCUGUGCCAGGCCUUCGAGAACGGCCAGGAGCUGGUGGAACUGUCUCAGGCCUCGCCACACGACAUCAGCAACGUGCUCAAGCUCUACCUUCGCCAGCUGCCCGAGCCGCUGGUCUCCUUCCGCCUGUACCACGAGCUGGUGGGUCUGGCCAAGGACAACCUGAAGGCCGAGGCCGAGGCCAAGGCGGCUUCGAGGGGCCGGCGGGACAGUGGUGAGAGUGCAGCCGCUGCCGUGGCCAUGGCUGGUCAGCUGAGGGAACUGCUUCGGGACCUGCCCCCCGAGAACCGCGCCACACUGCAGUACCUGCUACGGCACCUGCGCAGGAUCGUGCAGGUGGAGGAGGAGAACAAGAUGACGCCCGGGAAUCUGGGCAUCGUGUUUGGGCCCACGCUCCUGCGGCCCCGGCCCACUGAGGCCACCGUGUCCCUGUCCUCCCUGGUGGACUACCCCCACCAGGCCCGCGUGGUGGAGACUCUCAUCGCUCACUAUGGCCUGGUCUUUGACGAAGGGCCAGAGGAGACAGCGCAGGUCCAGGUAGGGGCGGCUAUUCCCCUGCCCUCUGCCCGUGACGCGGCAGCUGGCCAGUGGUCUGAGGUGGUGGUGCAGGUGUCGGACCUGGAGGCAGCUGAGGACGGGCCCCGAGGCUCCCAUCUGCUCUCCAACGACUCCGACUCGGAGCUGGAAGAAGGCUCAGACCUGCUGUCCUCAGCAGGGUCCACAGCCCUGCAUGGCCUGAGCGUCCUGGAGAGGCAGGGGGAUGAGGCAGGCCUGGAGGGUGCACACGGCAUCAGUGAGGAGCAGCUGGUGGCACCCAGUGACGGGGACGAGCUGGCCAGGCACCUCUCGAUGUGUAACACCAACCAGUCUAAUAACACCUCGGCCAGUGUCUGGCUGCCUGCCCUGAGGCUAGGGGCUCACCUUACCGGGCACCUGCCGGGCCAUGUGGCCUGA